AUGGCCACAGCUAUGGAUGUAUUUGGGGAGGAUGGUGCUCCACUACACCCCCUGGUGCUCUGGCCUAGCACUGAGGUUCACCUGGAUUUUUCAGCUGCACUACUUCACUUCAACCCUAAUGCAUCCAAUACCUUCCACCCCUCUAACCAGUCUAUCAACCUCAUCCACGGCUUUGUGUGGAUGAAGGGAAUUCUUGGCUAUGACACCAUUCGGAUCGGGAACCUUGUCAUCGUGAACCAGACAUUUGGCCUGAGCAAGGUGUACAACAGACCCGUGGAAUCCCAACCUGUUGAUGUCGCCCUGGGCUUGGGCUACCCUAACUUAGCUGUCAAAGGAAGUGCCCCCAUCUUAGACAACCUGAAGAAACAAGGAGUCAUUUCUGAGACUGUCUUUGUCUUCUAUUUGAGCACAUAA